AUGGCCAUGAAACCUGAGAUUGUGGCGAUGUACAAGCAGCAAGACUUCGCCGUUCGGUACAAGAUCGCCGAACAAGUCACUGGCCCCUUCGCGGAGGCGCUGGUUGACAUGUCUGGCGUGACUGAGUCAACCAAGGGACCACUGGAUAUCCUCGACAAUGCCUGCGGCACGGGCAUCAUUUCGAGAGUCCUCCGCCAGAAGGUGGAUGCCGAGGCUCAGAAGAGCUGGAGGCUCACCUGUGGCGAUUUGAGCGAGGCGAUGAUCGAAUUCACGAAGAACACGAUCGAGACCGAGGGCUGGGCGAAUGCUGAGGCUAAAUUGGUGAAUGCCCAGGACACUGGACUUCCCACUGGAGAGUUUACCCACGUCUUUGCGGGCUUUGCGUUUACGACGUUUCCCAAUCCUAAAGCUGCUGUGAAGGAAUGUUUCCGAGUCCUUCAGCCGGGUGGUAUUGUCGGCAGCUCGACCUGGAAUUCAACAAACUGGAUCGAAAUAACGAAGACUGCUAUCGAAAAAAUGCCACCCGGAUCUCUCACCUUCCCAUCGCCGAAAGAAUUCCUCGCCAUCUUCAAUGAAGGCUGGGACUCCGAGUUUUAUGUACGAUCCCAGUUCGAGCAAGAAGGAUUCGAGGAUGUCACCACCACCACUGUCACCAAGCACAUGUCAAUCACUGUGCCGGAGUUUAUGCAGCUUGUUGACCCCAUAGUUGGCGCGGGGAUUGGUAAACUCUGGACCCAGGCACAGCGGGAGGAGCAUGAGAAGGAUGUCUUUCCGGCGAUUAGGAGGUAUCUAGAGGAGAAGUAUGGCGCAGACGGACUAAUUCCUUUGGAGCCUAUGGCAGUUCUUGCGACGGGUCAGGUCGAGUUGAAAGUUCAGACAGAGCUUAGAGAACGAGCCUCGACGCAGGUCCUCGUACGAGGUACUCCGGAGGCCCGUCACGUGCCUGCCCCUCACGCUUACCUCAUGCCCACCGGCGCCAAACCCAAAGCAGCAAAGCAUAAACACCCGAUGAUUCUUGAAGCGGCGCCCGCCAAAACAAUAAUCCUCUCAAGUCCAUUCAAGGAUGAAUCAUUCAACUCGAUCACGGGCCUUAACGGCAGUGGUAAAUCCAACAUUCUGGAUGCCAUCUGUUUCGUCCUCGGUAUUACGAAUAUGACCACCGUUCGCGCGCAGAACCUGCAAGAUCUUAUUUACAAGCGUGGUCAAGCUGGUGUGACCAAAGCCAGUGUGACAAUCGUCUUUGAUAACCGCGACACCGCCAAAUCGCCCAUCGGUUUCGAGGAAUAUGCGAACAUCUCCGUGACCAGACAGAUCGUUCUCGGCGGCACGAGCAAAUACUUGAUCAACGGCCAUCGUGCGCAGCAGCAGACGGUGCAGAAUCUGUUCCAGAGCGUGCAACUCAACAUCAACAACCCCAAUUUCCUGAUUAUGCAGGGUCGGAUUACGAAGGUUCUGAAUAUGAAGGCCGUUGAGAUUCUGUCGAUGAUCGAGGAAGCAGCUGGAACGCGGAUGUUCGAGGACAGGCGAGAGAAGGCCGCGAAGACAAUGAGCAAGAAGGAAUUGAAGUUGCGCGAAAUCGAGGGUCUGCUGAAAGAAGAGAUCGAGCCCAAGCUGGAAAAAUUGAGAUCUGAGAAGCGAGCUUUCCUGGAUUUCCAACAGACCCAAAACGAUCUCGAGCGGUUGACUCGCUUGGUUGUGGCUCAUGACUACCUUCGUGGAGGUGAACGAUUGCGGGUCACCGGCGAGGAGUGCGAAGCCAAAAGACGCAAGGUUCAAACUCUCGAAGAUAAUGCGACAAGGCUUAAGAGCGAGAUAACCCAUCUUGAAGAAGAUGUGAAGCGAGUGCGAACCGCUCGCGACAAGGAAUUACGAAAGGGGGGCAAGUUUCAGGCCCUUGAGGAUGAAGUCAAAUCACAUUCGCAUGAACUCGUUCGGCUGACCACGGUGUUCGACUUAAAGAAUGCCAGUAUUUCCGAAGAGAAGGAGAAGCAAAAGGAGGUUCAUAAAACCGUCAAAGACCUGGAGAAACUUCUGAAGGAGAAGAAGAAGAUCUACGACAAACUGCAAGCCCAUUACGACUCCGCCAAAGCCGAACUGGACGCCCAAACCGCCGAGGUGGAACAAAAGGAGGAAUUGCUCCAGACAUUGCAGACGGGUGUGGCAUCGAAAGAGGGCCAGGAAAGUGGAUACCAAGGUCAACUACAAGAUGCGCGUAACCGUGCCAGUACCGCUGCCACGGAGCAAGAACAAGCCAAGCUGAAAAUUGCAAACUUGGAAAAACGAAUCAAGGAAGAGGAACCGAGAGCGAAGAAGGCAAAGGAGCAAAACUCAGGCCUAUUGAAGGACCUCGAGGGUCUCAAAUCGCAGGCUAAGAAGCUCGAUGCGGAGCUGGCCAAACUUGGUUUUGAACCGGGCAGAGAGGAGCAACUCUACCAGGAGCAAACCACUCUACAGAGAGAGAUCCGCGAGUUGCGUCAAAGCGCAGACGGCCUCCAACGCAAGGUCGCGAACAUCGACUUUCAAUAUGCUGAUCCUCACCCCAACUUCGAUCGGUCCAAAGUCAAAGGAUUAGUGGCUCAGCUGUUCACACUGAACAAGGAGAAGCUCCAGGCUGCUACUGCGCUGGAGAUUUGUGCUGGAGGUCGUCUGUACAACGUGGUUGUUGACUCCGCAGAGACAGGUACCCAACUGCUCCAGAAGGGAAGACUUCGCAAGCGAGUGACAAUCAUCCCGCUGAACAAAAUCUCAUCAUUCAGGGCAUCUGUUGAGAAGAUCGGCGCUGCCCAGAACAUUGCCCCUGGAAAGGUGGACAUUGCCCUAUCCCUCAUUGGAUAUGACGAGGAAGUCACGUCGGCCAUGAACUAUGUUUUUGGCAAUACUCUGAUUUGCAAUGAUGCCGAUACGGCCAAGAGGGUCACUUUUGAUCCGGCCGUGCGAGUGAAAAGCGUUACAUUCGACGGCGAUGUCUACGACCCUUCUGGUACUCUCUCUGGUGGUAGCUCUCCAAACUCAAGCGGGGUGCUUAUUACCCUGGGAAAAUUGAAUGAGAUCACGAGAGAGAUCAGGAGCAAAGAGCGUCUGUUGGCUACAUUGGAAGAUACCAUGAGAAAAGAGAAGAAGAAGCUCGAUGCUGCUCGCUCGAUCAAGCAGGAAUUGGACCUGAAGAACCACGAGAUUACGCUCACGGAGGAGCAGAUCAGCAACAACUCUUCCUCAUCGAUUAUCCAAGCGGUCGAGGAGAUGAAGGCGAACAUUCAGCAGUUGAAGAACGACAUUGCCGACGCGAAGACUCGUCAGAGUGAGGCAUCCAAGGAUAUUAAGCGAAUUGAGAAGGAUAUGAGUGAAUUCAACAACAACAAAGAUAGCAAGCUCGCAGAGCUGCAAGAGUCGCUGAACUCCCUUAAGAAGAGUCUCGCGAAGAACUCGAACUCCGUCAAGACACUGCAGAAGGAGCUUCAAGAUUCACGAUUGGAAUCGGAACAAGUUGGUGGAGAUCUUUCAGCGGCCGAGGAGCAAAGUGCCGAGGCCGAGAAUACUCUCCAAUCACAAAUGGAAGAGAUCGAGUCGAUGAAGAGGGACCAGGCUCGUAUCAAGGAUGCCCAUGAUAUGGCUCAAGCACAGCUUGACGAUGAACGGGCCAAGCUGACCGGUUUUGACGACGAGCUGCGAGACUUGGACGCGACUAUGAAGGUGAAAAACUCCCAGAUUACCGAAGAGAGUCUCGAGAUGCAGAAACUUGGUCAUCAACUGGAGAAACUGCAGAAGGACCAGCAAGCUGCAGCCCAGGCCGUCGCUCAUAUGGAAGAAGAGCAUGAGUGGAUCGCGGAUGAAAAGGACAACUUCGGAAGGCCCAACACUGCGUACGACUUCAGGAACCAGAACAUCGCCGAGUGCAAAUCGACGUUACGCAACUUGACGGAACGAUUCCAAGGCAUGAAGAAGAAGAUCAACCCUAAGGUGAUGAACAUGAUCGAUAGCGUGGAGAAGAAGGAGGCUGCGUUGAAGAACAUGAUGAAGACGGUCAUUCGAGAUAAGCGCAAGAUCGAGGAGACCAUCAUCAAUCUCAACGAGUACAAGAAGGAGGCUCUCCACAAGACAUGGACUAAGGUCAACGCCGAUUUUGGACAGAUCUUCUCCGAACUUCUCCCCGGUAGUUUUGCGAAGCUGGACCCCCCCGAAGGCAAGGAUAUCACCGACGGUCUGGAAGUCAAGGUGUCUCUGGGUAAGGUUUGGAAACAGAGUCUGACGGAACUGAGUGGUGGACAACGAUCUCUCAUCGCUCUUUCGCUCAUCAUGGCUCUCCUGCAAUUCAAGCCCGCACCGAUGUAUAUUCUGGACGAGGUUGAUGCGGCGCUGGAUUUGUCGCACACGCAGAACAUCGGACGUCUGAUCAAGACCCGGUUCAAGGGCUCUCAGUUCAUCAUCGUUUCCUUGAAGGAUGGCAUGUUCCAGAAUGCCAAUCGGAUCUUCCGAACGAGGUUCAGCGAGGGAACCAGUAUUGUCCAGGCUCUCACUCCUGCGGACAUGAAGUAA